AUGAUAGCCACUGGUGGAGUGAUAACCGGCCUGGCCGCCUUGAAAAGGCAAGACUCUGCCAGAUCACAGCAUCAUGUUAGCCUCAGCCCGUCGCCCGCUGCCCAAGAGAAGAAACCAGUCAGGCGUCGGCCAAGGGCCGAUGUUGUGGUUGUUCGAGGCAAAAUCCGGCUUUAUUCCCCCUCUGGUUUUUUCCUCAUUUUAGGAGUGCUUAUCUCCAUAGUUGGAAUUGCAAUGGCGGUCCUUGGGUAUUGGCCCCAAAAAGAACAUUUCAUCGACGCUGAGACAACACUGUCCACAAACGCCACUCAGGUCAUUCGGAACCAGAGUGGCGUGGUGGUUCGCUUCUUCGAGCAGCAUUUACAUUCUGACAAGAUGAAGAUGCUUGGCCCUUUCACAAUGGGGAUUGGCAUUUUCAUUUUCAUUUGUGCUAAUGCCAUCCUUCACGAGAACCGUGACAAAGAAACCAAAAUCAUACACAUGAGGGACAUCUACUCCACAGUCAUCGACAUCCACACGCUAAGAAUCAAGGAGCAAAAGCAUAUGAAUGGCAUCUACACGGGUCUGAUAGGAGACACGGAAGUAAAACAGAAUGGGAGCUCCUGUGCCUCGAGACUGGCAGCGAACACCAUUUCCUCUUUCUCGGGUUUUAGGAGCAGUUUUCGGAUGGACAGCUCUGUCGAAGAGGAUGAGCUUGUGCUAAAUGAAAAGAGUUUGGGGCAUCUUAUGCCGCCUUUGCUCUCCGAUAGCUCUGUCUCUGUCUUUGGCCUGUACCCAUCUCCUUCCAAGACAACUGAUGAUAAGACCGGUGGCCCUAAGAAAUGUGAGACCAAGUCCAUUGUGUCCUCAUCCAUCAGUGCUUUUACAUUGCCUGUGAUCAAACUUAAUAAUUGUGUGAUCGAUGAGCCCAGUAUAGAUAACAUCACCGAGGAUGCGGAGACCCUCAAAAGUAGGUCGAGGAAUUUGUCUAUGGAUUCCCUUGUGGUCCCUUUGCCUAACACCAAUGAGUCCUUCCAGCCAGUCAGCAUGAUGCUCCCUCGGAAUAAUUCCGUUGGGGAGUCCUUGUCUAGUCAGUACAAGUCCUCUGUGGCCCUUGGACCUGGGCCUGGGCAGCUCUUGUCUCCUGGGGCUGCUAGAAGACAGUUUGGGUCCAACACAUCUUUGCAUGUGCUCUCAUCACAUUCAAAAUCCUUAGACUUAGACCGAGGUCGCUCCACCCUAACUGUUCAGGCAGAACAACGGAAACAUCCAAGUUGGCCUCGGUUGGAUCGAAGCAACAGCAAAGGAUAUGUGAAACUGGAGAACAAAGAGGACCCAAUGGAAAGGUUGCUUGUGCCCCCAACUGCAAUCAAAAAAGACUUUACCAAUAAGGAAAAGCUGCUUAUGAUCUCAAGAUCUCACAAUAAUUUGAGUUUUGAACAUGAUGAGUUUUUGAGUAACAACCUAAAGCGGGGGACUUCUGAAACAAGGUUUUAA